AUGAACAUGAAACUCGCCGACACCCGCACCAAACAACCGCCCCUCAAAGCUCUCUUAGACAAAUAUAGACCAAACCUGAAACUCUUCGAAGAAAUCUACCGCCAACUACAUCAAAACCCCGAACUCUCCACCCAAGAAUCCCAAACCGCUAAAGCAGCCUCCGAUCAUCUCCACACUCUAGACUUCGAGAUCCACACAGAUAUAGGCGGAAACGGUGUCGCAGGAAUUCUCCGAAAUGGACCAGGUCCCAAAAUACUUCUACGGGCGGAUAUGGACGCUUUGCCAUUGGAAGAGAAGACCGGACUUCCGUACGCGAGUAAGAAGGUCGUGAAAGAUCCAUCCGGAAAACCCACACCAGUUAUGCAUGCCUGUGGACACGAUUUCCAUGUGACUGCUUUACUCGCUGCAUGCACGCUCUUACAUGCUGCGCGCGAAUCCUGGAGCGGGACUCUACUCGUUAUCUUUCAACCCGCAGAAGAGGCUCUAGGUGGAGCGCGCGCUAUGAUUGAUGAUGGACUCUAUGAGAAGAUCCCGAAACCGGAUAUUGUUCUUGCGCAGCAUGUUAUGUGCUUGAGGGCUGGAAAUUUGAACAUUCGCUCUGGGAGACUUCUUACUGCGGCUGAUGCAUUUGAUAUUCGCGUUUUCGGACGUGGAGGACAUGGGUCUGCGCCGCAGACUACUAUUGAUCCUGUGGUUAUUGGGGCGUCAAUUGUGGUGAAAUUACAGAGUAUUGUGGCAAGGGAGAUUACGCCGGGUGAGUUGGCUGUUGUUUCGGUUGGGAGUAUUAAUGCGGGAUUUGCGGCGAAUGUUAUUCCCGAUUAUUUGGAUUUGAAGGUUAGUGUGAGGACCUUUGAUGAGGGCGUUAGGAUGAAAGUGCAUGAUGCGAUUCGGAGGAUUGUUGAAGCGGAGUGUAAGGCUGGCGGUGCGACUCAGGAACCAGAGAUCAAGUUGGUGUCUUCGACACCGGCGACUGUCAAUGAUGAUCAAUUGGUUAAGGAUUUGGAAGGGACAUUUGGGCCCUACUUUGGGGAUCGAAUGGUGGAUAUGGAGAGACCAAGUGCUAGUGAGGACUUUUCGCUUUUGGCGACGGAGGUUGGGGCUCCAUAUGUUAUGUGGAUGUUUGGUGGCAUUGAUGAGAAGACAUGGGAUGAAGCUGUUCGUAAGGGAAAGGUGAAUGAGUUGCCGAGUAACCAUUCGCCAUUCUUUGCGCCAGUGAUUGAACCGACUUUGAAGACGGGUGUAGAUGCUUUUGCACUGGGAGCGCUGACAUUUUUGGAACGGAAAUAA